AUGAAGAAGAUGCUGCUGCUUGUGGUCCUGUGCCUCCUUCUGGGGGCCUCUCUACUGCUCUGGGUAUGGCAGGGAAACCACUGGAGACGCCUGGGAUUGGAGGCACCUUUCGGCUGGCCAUUUGUGGGGAACAUGUUGGACUGCGCCUUGGCCCGUCGCUCGUAUGGCGAGGUCUACGAGCAGAUCUACAGGCAGAAUCCCGGCCUGAAAUACGUUGGCUUUUAUCGUUUGUUCAACGAACCGGCCAUUUUGGUGCGUGACCAGGAGCUGGUGCGUCAGAUCCUGGUGGGCAACCACUUUGCGGACUGUGCCGACAAUGCUGUUAACGUUGACCACCGCCGAGAUGUCCUGGCCAGCCACAAUCCCUUCAUUGCCAAUGGCGACCGCUGGCGACUCUUGAGAGCCGACCUGGUGGCCCUCUUCACGCCCAGCAGAGUGCGUCAGACGUUGCCACAUGUGGUCAGCGCCUGCCAGUUGCUCCGGGCUCAGGUGCCGCAUGAACGCUUCGAGGCCAAGGAUUUGGCCACCCGCUACACGCUGCAGGUAGUCGCCUCCGUUGUCUUCGGGCUGGAUGCCCAUUGCCUAGGUGGCCAGAAGGCGGAGGAGGAGAGAGGAGGUCGCUGGGUGAAGUGGCUGGCUCCGCUGUUCCAGCCAAGUGCCUGGAGCUUGCUGGAGACCAUUGCACUCUUGCACUCCCCUCGCUUGGCCAGACUCAUGGGCCACCGAUACGUGCCGCUGCCCCUGCAGAAAUGGCUUGGUGAGUUGGUGGAAGCGAGGAGUGGUGGCGACAACCUCCUCCAGUGGCUGGCGGAGGGCAAAAGGACGUUGGGAAAGGACGAGCUAGCCGGACAUGCCACCACCCUUCUGCUGGAGGGAUACGAAACCUCGGCCAUGCUCCUGGCCUUCGCCCUUUACGAAUUGGCGCUCAAUGAGAAAGCCCAGCGAAAUCUCCACUGCGAAUUGGAUGAGGUAGCCCGUCGCCACGAUGACAAUUUGAUGGACCACGUAGCCCUGGCCGAACUUCGCUAUGCCGAAGCCGCGCUCCUCGAGGCACUGCGUCUUCACCCAGCCAUGCAGGCUCUGCAGAAGCGCUGCACAAAGUCCUUCACCCUUCCGGCCCAGAAAUCUGGGUCAGCCGGCGACCUCUGUGUGGCUUUGGGCACUGUCCUGGUGCUGCCCGUCCAGGCCAUUCAUCUCGAUCCGGAAUUGUAUCCCGAGCCCAACCGGUUUCGUCCACAGCGCUUCUUGAACCAGCUACCAAUGGGCUGCCGUUUCUUGGGAUUCGGCUUUGGACCCCGAAUGUGUCCAGGAAUGCGCCUUGGCUUGCUGCAGACGAAAGCUGCGCUGGCCACUCUCCUGCAGGAUCACCGCGUCCUGCUGGCGGACCAGGAUCAGGCGAGGGUGGAGGUGUCGCCGCUAACAUUUCUCACGGCCAGCAAGGGGGGCAUAUGGUUGCGAUUGGAGAGAAGGACUCCGGAAUAGGAACAACUACUAAAGGAGCAUAUAGAAAUACACCUAGCUGUUGCCAACAAAAG